GAGAGGGGACAGAUAGCAUUUUCAGUUCAGUAAGGCAGGCAAUACUUGUCUUUUCAGUAAGCAAUAUUGAUGAGCCUCUGCAACAUGUCUAACCUGUGUGAGUGGUAUGUACUAGACCAGAGCUAGAGGAAAAUAACAUGUUUUCAUCUGGAUGGGGAGGCUUGUUUUGUUGAAAGAAGAAAGAAGAUAAGCUGGGAGGGGGAAUAACUGGCAACUGCCAUUCCCCCCUUCCACAUAGACAAGAAAAAAACGGAGGCUACUGGAGUAUUUGUUUUUUUCUUUCGUUCUUUGUUCUUCUUCUUCCUCAUCGCCUUGCUGGGAGGUGCUUUAUCUUUUCAUUUGCUUGCUCUCUCCGUCCUCUGCCUCCUCAUCUAUUUCUCCAUUUACCUGGUCUACAAUUUCUUCUAUUUAUGAACGAGAAAAGGAAGGAAAGAGAUUUUUUUUCCUUUUUUAAUUUCCUUAUCCAUUCUCCCUUCCCUUACCAUUCCUAUAACUCCCAAUCUUUCCCCUGUCACCCACGCUCCUCCUCCCCCCAUUUCUCCACUCACUGUCCACCCCAUAACUUUGACUAGUUUUUGAAUCCACCAGUGUUUCAAUUAUCCAGAUUUUUCCACCAGAAAAGACAAGCUGGUUGAUGACACUAUUUUACCUUUUUCAUGUUUUUACCUUUUCCUACUUCUUCUCCCACAAUCCUUUGCAUCUCUAUUUUGGGGAUUCUUAUUUAUAUUUCUAGGUAGGUCUCUUAGUGUUUAGUGUCCGUUUCAAUCUGUUUGUGUGUGUUACGCAUCCACAUCACACACACACACACACACACAUGUUAAUCCACAGUAUGGCUUGGUAGAGGAAUGGUUCUUUCAUCAAAUCAUUCAGCUGGUACUUGUUUUCAUGACAUGCCAUCCCCCUAUGCUCUUUCUCUCCAUCCCAAACAUCACCUUUUUGCUUUUGACCAUCAAAACCACAGUGAUUCAUCCUGCAACGCCUUCCUCUCUUCUCAGAGGAGCACAUUUUCUCUCACAGUAUUGCACAACAGUCUCUUCUUCUCCCAUUAAAUGGGUAACUGCCUCCGUUUCCUUAUAUUGAAUCAUUUUACUCACACACAGGAGGAGACUAAUGCAAGGUCCCAAGGCAAACUCCAUAUAUAGAAAAAAAGAAAUAAACCAGUGUAGUAUACUGUUCCCAUCUCAUCCUGCACCUCUUAUGAAACCACUGCUGUCUGAUGAAGACUGUCAAACAUUAUCUGUAGAUCUGUGCUUAAUACUCACUUGUUUCUCAUUCUACUGGUGUGUCACCUGUGUGUGCAUCUCCCUCCCCCCAGCCCCUCUCCUGUCACUCUCACUCCCUCUGACACACAAGCACUCCAAGAUAAUGGACUAAAACCCUUGCUGCAAUUCUUUACCUUUCAGAGGAUCUUUUUUUCAUGCUUUUCUCAUCUGUCACUCAUUUUAAGCGCCAUUCAUCUCUAUCCCAUCGUUGUUUUCCACCUACACCCCACUUUAAAUGAUCCAAUAAUUUCUUUAUUUGUUGCUCCAUCUUUUUAAUUUGCCAUCAGAAAAUUAUUCACAUAUCCUAAUGUUCUAUACAUUAGAGGGUCAUUUAUGUUUUCUGAUAUAAUUUGAGAGUUAUGUUUACUUAUAUGGGGAAUAAUUUUUGUAAGUUAUUACUGGGACUACUGUGAUAUAUUUUAAGGGGCAGGUGAUUUAGUGUAGUUAUUUUGGAACAAUGUUUAGCAAUAGAAGGAAAGUGUUGACAGGGUGGUGAAAAGGUUGUAGGGAACUGGUUUAUUGCGAGCUAACCAAAAAACGUAGACUUUUUGGUGUGAGAGGGACAGAGAGGGUGAGAAAGGGAAAGAGAGUGUAUUAAACACAGCAAUAGACAUAUACAUAGAUAAGUAGAGCAAACCACAAUUCAUUCUCUCUCCACCUCUCUUUAUAUUUCCUUUUGUUCUUGAUGGAGAAUGUUAUGAUUCUCUACAUUAUAUGAAGAUAUUGGGGAAUGGGAUUUAAAACAUAUUCUUCACAAUGAUAAAUGCAUUCUGGAUGUAGCUGUUUUCCUGAGGAAUUACUCUGUCUCGGAUUGGACUCCAAAUGAAAGCCUCUAAUUAACUGUUAAUUGAAAUUCAGGACUUUUUGGUGUUUUUUUCCUAAUGGACUAAAGCUGAUUUUAAUACUUUUUUUCUACUAAUGAAUUUUAAUGGGAUUUUACUAUCAAGGAUUAAGGACUCAGCAUCUUUUAUCUUCUAGUGAUAUAUUUGUGAUUGUUACAAUUUAUCCUAUCUACAAACACAAUUACAUUUAGAAUCACUCAGUAUUAAGGGUUAAUUUGUUCACUCUCCCUCAGUCUGAGGCUAUGAGAGGGAGAGAAGAGUCCCAGGCCACACCAUCAUGCUACUUCUGAGAAGCAGGGAUGACAUUUUGGCUGCCAAUACUCAAGGUAUUACAUUCCCACUCCUCGAUUAUGCCUGUCUGCGGCUGCCACAGCCCCUCCCACCCUCAGGAAAGGCGAGCGUCCCCCACACCCCUGCCCCUCCAGGAGGUGAGACGUCCUCCCCGGCGCCGUGCGGCCCUCUCCUCCCUCUCCCUGUCCCUCCUGGGCCUCCUGAUGUGCCUGUUCCACCUGCCCCCCGCCUGUCACUCUCGCAGAGACAAGAGCGGGGGCGUGGCCCACUACAUCCCCAUGGCCCAGCCCCCCCACCACCAGGUGCUGCCCAAGCUGGUGCAGGGUCUCAGCAUCGCCGUGGUGCUGGUGGGCAACUCUAGCGAGGUGGCGUUGGCGGGCGCCCGGGAGAAGGACGACUUCCUGCACAUGCCGCUGGCGCCCAACGUGGAAGUGCUCACCAUGAACGAGACAGACCCCAAGAGCAUCAUCAAGAGCAUCUGUGACCUGAUGACAGAGCACUGGCUGCAGGGCGUGGUGUUCGGGGACGACACGGAUCAGGAGGCCAUAGCCCAGAUCCUGGACUUCAUCUCUGCACAGACACACAUCCCCAUCCUGGGGGUCCGCGGUGGCUCCUCCAUGAUCAUGGCUGCCAAGGAUGACAACUCUAUGUUCUUCCAGUUCGGCCCGUCCAUCGAGCAGCAGGCCUCGGUCAUGCUCAACAUCAUGGAGGAGUACGACUGGUACAUCUUCUCCAUCGUCACCACAUACUACCCCGGAUACCUGGACUUUGUCACCAAGAUCCGGAGCACCAUAGAGAACAGCUUUGUGGGCUGGGAGCUGGAGGAGGUUCUGCUGCUGGACAUGUCAGUGGACGAUGGAGACUCUAAGAUCCAGAACCAGCUGAAGAAGCUGCAGAGCCCCGUCAUCCUGCUGUACUGCACUAAGGAGGAGGCCAACACCAUCUUCGAAGUGGCCCACUCCGUAGGGAUCACGGGCUACGGCUACACCUGGAUCGUCCCCUCGCUGGUGGCUGGGGAUGCUGAAGUGAUCCCUGCUGAGUUCCCUACAGGUUUAAUCUCUGUGUCGUAUGACGAGUGGGACUACGGCCUGGAGGCUCGUGUGCGCGAUGGGGUGGCUGUCAUCGCCAUGGCAACCUCCACCAUGAUGCUCGACAGGGGGGCACACACCCUGAUGAAGUCUGAGUGCCACGGGGCCACGGACAAGAAGGGGCCCAUUGCUGGGAACCCCAACGAGGUGCUCAGGUACCUGAUGAACGUGACGUUUGAGGGCCGGAACCUGUCCUUCAGUGAGGACGGCUACCAGAUGCAUCCCAAACUGGUCAUCAUCCUACUGGACAAGAUGAGGCAGUGGGACAAGGUGGGGAAGUGGGAGAACGGCUCCCUGUCCAUGAAGUACCACGUCUGGCCUCGCUUUGAGAUCUACUCAGGGGCAGAGAGCCGGGAGGACGACCACCUUUCCAUCGUUACGCUGGAGGAGGCUCCGUUCGUCAUCGUGGAGGACGUUGACCCCCUCAGUGGCACGUGUAUGAGGAACACUGUGCCCUGCAGGAGACAGCUCCAAACAAUAAAUAAAACCGUGGACUCUGGGAUCUAUAUCAAGCGCUGCUGUAAGGGUUUCUGCAUCGACAUCCUGAAGAAGAUCGCCAAGCACGUCAAGUUCACCUACGACCUCUACCUGGUGACCAACGGAAAACACGGCAAGAAGAUCAACGGCACCUGGAACGGCAUGGUGGGAGAGGUGGAGACGAAGAAGGCCCACAUGGCUGUGGGCUCCCUCACCAUCAACAAGGAGAGGUCAGAGGUCAUUGACUUCUCGGUGCCCUUCAUCGAGACGGGCAUCAGCGUCAUGGUAUCCCGUAGCAACGGCACCGUCUCGCCCUCUGCCUUCCUCGAGCCCUUCAGUGCUGAUGUGUGGGUGAUGAUGUUCGUGAUGCUGCUGCUGGUGUCGGCGAUUGCUGUGUUUGUGUUUGAGUACCUCAGCCCUGUGGGCUACAACCGCUGUCUGGCUGACGGUAGAGAGCCUGGAGGGCCCUCCUUCACCAUCGGCAAGGCCAUCUGGCUGCUGUGGGGUCUGGUCUUCAACAACUCUGUCCCAGUGCAGAACCCCAAGGGUUGGACCAGUAAGAUCAUGGUGUCGGUGUGGGCCUUCUUCGCUGUCAUCUUCCUGGCCUCCUACACUGCCAACCUGGCAGCCUUCAUGAUCCAGGAGGAGUAUGUGGACCAGGUGUCUGGACUCAGCGACAAGAAGUUCCAGAGACCCAAUGACUUCUCCCCUCCAUUCCGGUUUGGGACGGUCCCUAACGGCAGCACGGAAAGGAACAUCAAGAACAACUACAAGGAGAUGCAUGGAUACAUGAUCAAGUUCCACCAGAAGAAUGUGGACGAGGCCCUCUAUGGUCUGAAGACUGGUAAACUGGACGCCUUCAUCUACGACGCAGCAGUGCUGAACUACAUGGCCGGGAGGGACGAGGGCUGUAAGCUGGUGACCAUCGGCAGUGGGAAGGUGUUUGCCUCCACGGGCUACGGCAUCGCCAUCCAGAAGGAGUCUGGCUGGAAGAGACACGUCGACCUGGCCAUCCUUCAGCUCUUUGGAGACGGUGACAUGGAGGAGCUAGAGGCCAUGUGGCUGACGGGGAUCUGCCACCAUGAGAAGAACGAGGUGAUGAGCAGCCAGCUGGACGUGGACAACAUGGCCGGCGUCUUCUACAUGCUGGGGGCGGCCAUGGCUCUGUCGCUCAUCACCUUCAUCGCCGAGCAUGCCUUCUACUGGCAACUGCGCUUCUGCUUCAUGGGCUACUGCACGGGCAAGCCAGGCUUCGUCUUCUCCAUCAGCAGGGGCAUCUACAGCUGCAUCCACGGGGUUCAGAUCGAGGAGAAGAGCAGCUCAGCUCUCGACUCUCCAUCGGUCACCAUGAACAACACCCAAUCCAACAUCCUGCGUCUGCUCCGAACUGCUAAGAACAUGGCCUCCCUGUCCGGGGUUAACGGCUCACCUCACAGUGCCCUGGACUUUAUUCGUCGUGAGUCAUCCGUCUACGACAUCUCUGAGCACCGCCGCAGCCUGGCAGGUCACUCGGACUGCAAGCCUCCGUACAUGCCGGAGGAUAACAUGUUCAGCGACUACAUCAACGAGGUGGAGAGGACGUUUGGGAACCUCCACCUGAAGGACAGCAACCUGUACCAGGACCACUACCUGCACCACCAUGGAGGCUCUGCCCUGGGGCUCAGCGGCCCACCACUUAACAGACCCCACAGCCUGGGCAGCAACAGCUCUCUGGAAGGGGGCAUGUUUGACUGUGACAGUUUAGGGGGAGGAGUGGCACCCAUCUUCACCACCCAGCCACGCUCUGCCCUGACCCACAGGAACAUGAGUAAGUUUGACCUGAUUGCCGGUCAGAACCCACCCUCUGGGCCGGGCUUCAAAUCGGGACUUUCAGACCUGUACGGAAAGUUCUCCUUCAAGGGAGGGGCCUCCAGCUCAGGUUACAUCCCUGGGCACGACAGGUACUGUGGGGGAGGGGGCAGAGAGGAUGACGGAAACAUUCGUUCAGACGUUUCAGACAUCUCCACUCACACUGUCACCUACGGGAACCUGGAGGGAAACGCUAAAAAGCGUAAGCAGUAUCGCGAUAGCCUGAAAAAGAGGCCCGCCUCGGCCAAGUCGAGACGAGAGCUGGAUGAGAUUGAGCUAGGCUACCGGAGAAAGCCCUACCACACAGGAUACCACCACUACCACGGCCACCGCUCCUCCUCCCCUCCCCUACUGGCCUCCGAACGCAAGAGAGGAGGAGGGGGCAAUGCAGGGAGCACAUCCUACCUGUUCCGUGACAAAGAGAGUGUGAGGGAUUUCUAUUUAGACCAGUUCCGCCCCAAAGAUGGUGUCCCCCAAUGGGAACAUGUGGAUCUGACAGACGGUCCUGGAGGGGGGGGUGGAGGGGGCGGGGGGAACUGCACCAGUUUGGUGUCAGUGGACGACUUCCUGAAACAAAAUAAACCCAAGAAAUCAGAGUCUAAGAGUGGGGGAGGCACACCAGGGGCGGGGUUGGCAGGAGGAGACUGGGAGUGUCGUAACUGCCGUGCCAGCGGAGGAGGGGGCAAGCAGAUGUCGAUGCAUGGCAGCGGGGCGGGGGAGAGAGGAGGCGGGUACGGUGGAGGGGUUAGUUGUGGAUCCUCGGGGGGUGGAGGGAACAGCCGUCCCAGCUCUGCCACCUGCAUGCGCUGCGAGGGCUGCAAAAAGACAGGCAACCUGUACGACAUCAGUGAGGACAACAACCACCUCUUGGAACAGAUGGGGGGUGGGAAAGGCGGAGGCAUGGGGGCUGUGGGGUUAAGUGGAGGCGCCCAGCCUCAAUCUCAAGCCCAGCGUAGGAAGUCUGCCGGCUUUGGAAAGCCCCUCCGACGGCAACACUCGUGCGACACCUUCGUAGACCUUCAGAAAGAGGAGGCGGUUGGAGUCAGGGGGAUCAUGGGGGAUCUAGGAGGGGGCGGUGGGGGCAUGGGGGGUGUAGGAAUGGGCGGGAUGUUGCCUCCCCCCAGAAGUGUCAGCUUAAAAGAGAAGGAGCGCUACAUGGAGGGUGUUAGCCCAUUCGCCCAUAUAUUUGAGAGGCAUGGAGGCUCAGAGAGGGAGAAGGAGCGAGACAGAGACCCCCUGUUCUACGGUGGUGAGAUGGCCAAAGAAGCAGGGUCGCCAUUCGGCUUGUUCCGAGGUGGCGAUGGCCUUCACCGCCGCUCAGUGGGGGAGAGGGAUAUGAGGGACAGAGAAAGAGCCAUGAUGGAGGGAGGUGGAGGAGGAACCUACUCCUUAUCCAAAUCUCUCUACCCGGAUAGGGUCAACCAAAACCCCUUUAUUCCAACCUUUGGUGAUGACCAGUGUCUCUUGCAUGGCGCCAAACAAUACUACAUGAAAAAGCAACAGCAGCAGCAGCAGAUGCCCCCCAAAAACAGCCGAAGUGACUUCCGGGGCUCAGUGGGUGUGACGUCUUUCUUGCCAGCGACUGCCACUGCUGGGGUCAUGUCCACCGUGGCCCCCAGGUUCCCUAUGGAGCUGUGUCUGGGAGGGAACCUCCACGGCUCCACGCUGGGUUUGGGGCCAAUACAGCGCCCGUUCAAUGGCAGCAACGGACACGUGUACGAGAAACUCUCCAGCAUAGAGUCAGACGUGUGAGAGAGGAGACUGGGUGGGGAGGCAUGGAGGGAGGGAGGCAUGGCAUUAGUGCUGGGAAGUCAGGAAUGACGAGGCACCACUGUCCACAUUGCAACCGCAACACUUUUAACAAGGAAGGAGAACAGUCAGGGAAAAGAAGAUGAACAACAGAAUGGUGAAAGGUUCGACAGAAAAGAGCAGGGUGAGUUAGAAGGAAAGAUGGGGACAUUCAUGCCCUGUUAUUUUGUUACAAAACAAUGAAUUCAAGAGGUGACACAUGGGUAGGGUUAUGUUAACUCUAUUAUUUAUUUGGCCGUUGCCAUCAACACACUCAAAAAGAACACAAAAUUGACACCUCUGAAUGUGAUAUUGCAAGUUUGAGCCAAAUGGCUUACAGAGUCACACCUACAGAGUGAUUAUGAGAAGGGAAUGUGAGUGAGUAGUGAAGUGUCCAUCUGGUCAAGUGUUAUUAGGGAAAGGAGAUGUUUUCAUGACUCAUGUUUAUGAUAGCUCUAAGACCGAAAAUGAGUUUGGUGGAAGACGAUGGCCGUGUUUACCCCUUGCACUAACUCUCCCUCUUUUUGCCCAUACACUCUUAGAGAAAAUGAUUCCAAAAGGGUUAGUUGGCUGUUCCCAUAGGAGAACCCUAUUUGUUUCCAGGUCUAUAUAUGUAACCUAAAGGGUUGUACCUGUAACCAAAAACGAUACUUCAAAGGGUUAUUUUAUGGGGACAGCCGAAGAAACCUUUAAGGUUCUAGAUAGCACCUUUUUUCUAAGUGAGUUGUUCUGCUCCCUUACACCCCCCGGCUCCCUUCUGCUCCCUCCCUUUGACUCUUGUUUGUUAUGAUCAUUCAAUCAUAAAUGAAGAUAAGAUAUUCUUACUGAAAUAACAGGGUAAAACAACAAUAAUGUUAUUAACAUUGUGAUUAACAAAAGUGAUAUUAUGAAGUGCUCAUGACAUUAAGUUUGUUUUAUGUUCCUUUGAUAUUUCAAUACGGUUUAAUAUUUGUUGUUAUUUCUUUGUCUGCCCGAUGGUGGCAGGAAGCUUGUUAUCUAAUUCAACUAACAAGCCUGAAGGACUGAGUGAAAAGUCAUUAUGUCUCUUGUUUUUGUUUUAAUGAUAUACAGUCCAUGCUCAUUCAUUCAUUUGCUGUUUUCAAAAUUGUUACGGAAAGAUCUGGAAGACAUCAUUUGCACAGCACUGAACGGUUCUUCUUUGUUUGAAGUUUCUGUGAAAGACUUGUCUUGUCAUAAAGCAGAUGGCUGAAGAUACUGACUGAAGGACGAGCCUUAAAGGACUCCAGAUGAUGUGUACCCCAGAGAGCUCAGCAGGGCGUGGUGUAACGGCAGGAUACGUAAUGAACAAGGUGUUAAGAUGUGUGCAAUAUCUACUUGUCUUGAAGGAAAAACUUGCUACUCUGAAACCAAGUCAUUAUUUACAGAUGUGAGACUGAGAGACUGUGGUGUGUUUCAAAACAAUAACAUGUUUGAUAACUAACACUUGAUGUGGACAUUAUUACACAGACAUUACAAUACCAUUGGAAGUGCUUCAUAAACCUGUCACACAUCCAUACUAAAGAACACCACAUAUACUGUCAGACUGCUGUGCCUCAUCUAACAAGCAUUUGAUCAACCCUUUUGGAUUCAGGUUCUUAGAAAACAGCCAGCAGCCUCGUAGGCUCACUUUUUAACACACCACUUAUCUCGUAAAACCCGGUGCGUUCACUCUCUGACGUUAGGAAGGUCCAUACAGGCUUAUGAGACACAUUGAAGAAGCAUUGUGAAUGCAGUUUUACUUCACGUCAGUCAGAGUGUUUAAUGUGUAUUAUAGGCGUAUGCUCUGUAAUUCUAAAUUUAACUCAAAUCCUCUUAAAAGAUGUUGUUGCCCAAUGGUAAUGGUGGUAAUGGUAAUGGUAAUGGUGGUAAUGGUAAUGGUGGUAAUGGUAUUGAUUAAAGGCUGAAUGUAAGUCGUGAGGAUGUCUCUAAAAGGGACAUUCCUCCUCAGACUGAGGCAGUUAGACGGAGGAUAUCUUGAGUAUGCUCACGCUGUAUGCUUUGACAGAUGUCGACAGUACUUUUAACCUGAGACCUCUAUAUUGCACUGAACCUCCACCCCCCCCCCUAACCCUAACCCCCCUGGGUUCAGACUUUCAGAAAUACAUGCCUUAUCAUAUGAAACUGACUGAUGACACAAGAUAUUGUACAGCAUACGAGCCUAUCAGUUAUUUAAAGGUUUGUCUUCAAUUAGUAUGAGGUGUCAUGAGUUCAAGGGCUGCAGGAAAUUGUGUUUCAGUGCUGAAUGGAGAUUGAAGGUGCAGAGGGAGUAGAUUGCGCCGAGUCAUUCCUACUUCCAAUAUCUGCACCUCUGUAAUAUGGAGGUGGAAGAUGGAGGGGAAAUGAUUGAGUGAUAACAGCUGUUUUCCUAGACCUGCUGAUAAUCUAUUCAUUUAUUCAGUACCCACUUCUCUCUCCAUACUCUUAAGAUGAAACCCAUCAAGUUAGCCUUAAAUCAAACUGAGUCAACACCCCCCAUGAAUUACUUCACAAAUAUCUUUGGACUUUGUAUAUGCACAUGUUUUGGAUGGUCGUCCAGUAUCAGAAAGUUUGAAGAAGCAACGGAAAAGAAGAGGAAGAACUAAGAGAGAGUGAGAAAGAAAAUAGAAUUUUUAUCAAUCAAUGUCAGCGUUAGUAUGUUCUCUUUUUCCCUGUAAAUAUAUUUAAAAACUAUUUUCCCUUUGUACAGUAGGCAGACAGUCAGGAUGUAACUUUCAAUAUGUUUUACAACAAUUUAAGAAAUAAACAAAAUGGUAAUAAAAACAUAAAAAUACAAAAAAAAAUAUGCAAAAUAUAGUUAAGACAAAUAUGAUUAAUAAUGAUAAGUGAUAUGAUUGAACCUUUUAUUUGCUUUAAAUCUCAUGUUUACUUAAUUAUAAAAGUUCACCAGUAAAUAUAAUUAUUAUUUUAAGAAUAUGCUUUUGCUUAUUUUCAGUAAAGUGUUGGAAAUUGAGGAUAAUUUAGUGUAGACGUUUGGUGAUAAGGGGGAAAGUUUAGUUUACGAGUCUUUGCUAAGUUUCCCUUGAAUUGUGUUAGAUUCUCUUUUAAGAUAGGCUACUCUUCAUGCUUUACGGGAUACACACAAUUAUCUAUACAUUUAUGUAAUACAGUAUUACAUGUAUACAUACCAGUAGAUGGCUUUUGCAUAUAGAGACUGUAUAUUGUGAUCCUUCAUUUAAGCAAUCCUCAUUAAUUAAGUAAUUGACUGCAAGAUCAUUUGUGUUAUGUUGGCCUUUAUUCAACUGGGAUCUGAUGCCGACUGCACUGGUGUUGAUAGACCUACACUAUGCAGGACUGGCUCUUCCUCCUCAUUCUGUGUAUCUUUAAUAAGGAUAAUACUGAUAUCUUCAGUGAUACGUGUCAGUAGCACUGGACACAACACAUUGGACAUUUCCCAGUGUUGCUCUCAUAAUAACAGAGGAUGGUGGUGCAGAUGGGGUCAAGAGGAAGUGGUUCGCUUCAUCACAUUGAAGGAUCCAUCUGAAAUGGAAAUGCAAUUUUGCAACCCUUUAUAGAAUGCUGAAAUGUUUCUCAUCCAUGUCACCUAAACAUAAUGUGCAGAUGGUUAGAAAUGAAGGGUGAAUCAAGUCAUUCAAGGCAAGGAGUUGACGUCAUUAUGUUCAUUUGGGUUCUUGUCAGAGAAAACAUGAUAUCUUUUGUGAUGUAUUUAUCCUUGAUCAAAUCUCCACUGUGUGUCAAACUGUUUGGUAUACACGUGUGAGGAGAUGUUGUCGAAGCCAUUUUUUAUUUAUCUGCUAGUUUUUGUCUGAGCAUUAUUGCUUUCAAUAACUUUCAAUUAGUUUAUUUUCCAACUUUUUGGGAGAAAUCAUUUUAGCUUGACAUUUCUCAUUCAUGUCCAGGUCUUUUUUUCUGAAAAUGUAAAUUGAAAGAUGUGUUUUCACUGCACUCUGUCUGGGUCUGCAUAUUUUUUAUGCAACUCCUCAUGUUGAUUUUACUCAUCGCAAUAAACUGCAUGAUCCCUUGGAGUGUUUGUGUUGGAAUCUACUGGUGUGUUGAUUAGUCUUGAAUGGAAGAAUCCCUUUAAAUGUACGGGCCUACAUUGUGAUAAGGAUGGUCAGGAACUCUGCUUGAAAAUGGCACCCUGGUCUUAACCGUUUUUUUCACUGAUUGGACAGGGUGGAAUAAAUGUAUACUGAUUUAUACAGGCUGUCAUACCCUUUACCACAACUACUCUACGGCCAGCAAGUGAGAAACAGCAAGCAGUGUUUAUUUCCCCAAGGCCUUGUGGUCCCAGUCACACUCUGUGCACAACCAAGUCAGUACACAUACACAUUUGUUUAAAUGAAGCAAAAUGCAAUGUCACAUCAGCCAAAGCAAGGAAAUGCUCUGCCAUGGUAGUGGACUGUAGAACAGGCCGAUGCUAUUGGGUGGAUACUCCAGCUGGAACACUAUCUAAUAUGAUAACAAACAUCACUACAUCUACAACACUGGUUUAUUCCUGUAUUUCAAAGUUGAAUAAACAACACUGGUUUCAUUGUGUUUUUAUUAUAAUAUUUUGUCUAUUGAUGAAAAGGACUUACAGUUUUUGAACUUUAAUUUGUAUAACAAUAUAAACGUUGAUAGUAAUAGUGUUACAAUGAUUACAUUGAGAACACAGUGAUUGGUUACAGGCCUAUUCUCACGAGUGCUUUGGACAAAUUAAAGAAAAAGUUAAUCUUAUGAAUAUUGAUGGGUUUUGCAAGGAUUAACAUUGCAACUUUAUGCAUUUUUUUUGUUGCGCUCUCAUUUCUUGUAGAUUGAAUGAAAGUGGUGCACUGUGUGUGUUUUUGUGUGUAUGCUUGAAUGGUUGAUCAGUUGUGGGAGCGUGUUUAUUUGAGCAUAUAACAUGUACAACGGUUUGGUUUUCUUUUGUCUUCAUGAUUAAGAUUCAUAACAUGACAAAUGUUAUAGUAAUGUGGGUAACAUUGGUUAAGGGGUUGUUGCAAAAUGUAUUUUAUAAAAAAUAUUCAUUGCUGAGAGUGUGUACAGACAGCCUGCGUUUUAGGGCAAGGUUUGUGAUCUUUCUUUACCGAAGCUGAAUAUCCUGAUUGAAUUUACCAUGAGUAGGUGAAAUGUAACAUGAACAGUAUCAACUGUAUACAUAUUAUUGUAGGCCAUUAUUUUCUCCUUUUGUGGCCCUUUCUUUGAAAUGUUACACCAUUUUUACACCAUUAUACAAACAGAAAAGUAUAUACAAAUAAAGAAUUGUACAGAUUGUGUAAAUAUGAAUAUUGGAGAAAACAUUUAAACUCAUUCCUUCAUUUUUUUUGUAUGGAAAUUAUUAAAUUAACCACAAUAACAAAUGUAUAAAGUCAUUGGAUAUUUGCACAAAAAAAUCAUCAUGGUACCUCUAAUAAGGAUAAUACUGAUAUCUUCAAUGAUAAGUGCUAAAAUAUGACUUAUUUCUCUUUGUACGUGAUUAACAAAAAUUACGUGUUGGGUAUUAAUUAAAACAUGCCAAGUCUCA